UGGAGUACAGAACGUUCUCAAUCAUUUUCGCGUAUCUCCCUGUCUGUGUGGCCGUGCUGCGCUCGUGUCUCCUCUUUGGCAGAUACGAACACGCGCAGGUAGCCACUACUGGGAAGGAAAGUAUCCAUCGGCCAAUCUGAUACUACUACCUAGGUAGUGGAUCAAUACAUCCUCACAACUUGAACAAAAUACCUGGAAUAUACGGUGUGCCUCGGGACUGGCGCUCAUCGGGAACCUUGACGUAAAUUGCCCGCUUGGCUGCUGUCUGGGCACUGGUGUUAUGCUUCCCUGAUCUACAGGUUGUCCUUCCCGCGGUCAACGAUGUUCUUUAACCUGGGGAUGACAGCGGACGCAGCAGCAGCUCAUCGACACGAGCUUUCCACGCCUUCGUCGGCCUCCCAAAGUCCGCUUAACACGCCGCCUAUGUCCCCAACGUCUCACGCAGCUGCAUCGUCGAACCCAGCCAUUGCCUUUGCUGCUGUGUUGCCGUCCUUCAACCUACCUCGCCCGUUCAACAUCCCUGCACCUCUACAAAACGUCAAAGAAGCAUUGGGUAUGCCGUCCAACCCAGCUAGCAGGCGACCUUCCACCAGCGACGAUGAUUUCUCAGCCGUACACUCAGAUACGACGGAGACCAAGACCAUCGUUUCGGCCUCUGGACGAAGGCGUCGAAACAAGACCUCUUUCCGACUAGCACACCCUCCACGAAACCCCCGUCAUAAGCGGCUAAGGAUCAGACCAAAAUUGCUGCUUCAAUUGCAGCAGGUGUCGCAGACACCACGCCCUAUUCCCGCGCUGGAUGUGCUGCCCUCGAUUACCUUUGUGCCGAGGUUGGCUCGCAGGUUUCCUACCAUGUUUAGGGGCAGGCAUGGGCUGGGUCCCAAUGAUCUGAUUAUAGUGAAUAGUGACAUCUACUCUGGGCUGGGUGCAGAAGACGACGAGCGGAGUGUCUCAGAGGAAGAUGAGUCCGAGGAUCACAGGGAGGUCAUUGCCACAAUCUGUCAGCUUCUUACGGAAGAUGCCAGACAGAAGGGCAAAGUUGAGAUAUGUCUUAGAUACGGAUCUCCAUGGGAAGCCACGCCCCUUCCUAACGGCUCUUAUGAAUUCGUCACUGCGACUAAGCAAGGGCGUCGAACCGUGAGAUGGGUACUGAGAGGGAAAAGCAACCGAAGGGUUUCUGCACCGGUCGAUAUGUCUUCUCUCGAGAAUGCGACGGACAACAGACGGUUCACUUUCAGUGUCAUCGACCCAAAUACACGACGGCACCCGGUCAUCGCGUCUAUGACCCGCAGCAGCAUUGAUGUCUACCAUCAAUACACUAUCCCCUCUCCAUCCUACGAUGCGUCAAUGUCACCACUCUCUCCUACGUCGGUCAUGUCGAACGAUCCAGCCGGCACAGUGUUCGAUACAGACGACAAUCUGCGCACUCUCAUCAUGAUCACUGGGAUCUAUGUAGCUUUCAGAGAAGGUUGGUCCCAGGAUCCUCUGUACAACGAUUUGAUGGCGGGCAUAUCCUCUGGCAGCUUGUGCUCUCCCAUUCGUCCCAAACACCAGGCAACUCUGGACGAAACAGAAGGCUCCGCGGACAAGGAUACUCACCGGAGGAGUCUAAAUCUGAUGGGAAAUAAAAUGCGGCACUCGAGCAUGCGACAGAGUCCGUCUCUGCCUACAGCAGAGAGCUCGAAGUCACUCGCGAGUUUAAACGUUCCUAAACGGGCAAGGUCAACAGGCGCUGCCUUCAUGGAGAGGGCCAACAGGCGCAGCGCCUCUUCCGCUAGUAAACGCCACACCAUGUUUGCUGGCUCUCCUGAUCGAGGUUCCUUUUCGCCAGCACUUGGUUCUGAGCAACCUCCGCCCAGCUCCAGCCAGGCGUUUGAUAGGAAAGAGAACAAAGUUGGUACGGUGAAUAGAUCAACUGUCGAACCGUCGGUUGCAACUGUUGAUGAACGAGGCGGCUGUUGUGAGCCUCGGGUCAAAUUAUGCGGCAAAACCGGCAAUCAGACGCACCAGAAGAGCUCUGAUAAGCACAGUCGAUGGCGUCGUCUCAGCAAUUUGUUUAGCAGCAGAAGGAAUACCCGUUAAUGGGCUGCUUGUAUGAAUCAUGGAAUGAUCCUGCAUCCAGGCCUCUCUACACGUACGCUGGGGCGGUAUCUGCUGGUCUCCUCUCUUGACCCAUUGACGACGCAAUUUACGACUGAAGUGAACCACUCUUGCGCAAGCACCAGAGCGCCAGUGGCCCCUAAAAAAG